GCGGCGGCGGUCGGCGGCGGGGCGGCGGCCGCGCCAGGUGGAGGAAUCCGAGGCCUUUCUCCUCCUCUCAGCCUUGCAGACCAGGUCGCCUCUGAUUUCACAUCUCGUCAUUUCCGCCUGCCAACCUGUCUGAUAUGUCGGGACCCGUGCCGAGCAGGGCCAGGGUUUACACGGACGUGAACACACACAGACCCCGCGAGUACUGGGACUAUGAGUCGCACGUUGUUGAGUGGGGAAAUCAAGAUGACUACCAGCUAGUUCGAAAAUUAGGCCGAGGCAAAUACAGUGAAGUAUUUGAAGCCAUCAACAUUACAAAUAAUGAAAAAGUAGUUGUUAAAAUUCUCAAGCCUGUUAAAAAGAAGAAAAUCAAGCGUGAAAUCAAGAUCUUAGAGAACUUGCGAGGCGGGCCCAAUAUAAUCACCCUUGCAGAUAUAGUAAAAGAUCCUGUGUCUCGGACACCCGCUUUGGUUUUUGAACAUGUAAACAACACAGACUUUAAGCAAUUAUACCAGACAUUAACAGAUUAUGAUAUUCGAUUCUACAUGUAUGAGAUUUUGAAGGCUCUAGAUUACUGCCAUAGCAUGGGAAUCAUGCACAGAGAUGUCAAACCUCACAACGUCAUGAUUGACCAUGAGCACAGAAAGCUUAGACUAAUAGACUGGGGUUUGGCUGAAUUCUAUCACCCUGGCCAAGAGUACAAUGUCAGAGUGGCUUCCAGAUAUUUCAAAGGACCUGAACUCCUUGUAGAUUAUCAGAUGUAUGAUUACAGUCUGGAUAUGUGGAGCUUGGGUUGCAUGUUGGCUAGUAUGAUAUUCCGAAAGGAACCAUUUUUCCAUGGCCAUGACAACUAUGAUCAGCUGGUGAGGAUAGCCAAGGUGCUGGGGACAGAAGAUCUGUAUGACUACAUUGACAAAUACAACAUUGAGCUGGAUCCACGUUUCAAUGACAUCUUGGGCAGACACUCCCGUAAGCGAUGGGAGCGCUUUGUUCACAGCGAGAACCAACAUCUGGUGAGUCCAGAAGCUCUGGAUUUCUUAGACAAGCUGUUGCGAUACGAUCACCAGUCACGACUCACAGCGAGAGAAGCCAUGGAACACCCCUACUUCUAUCCCAUUGUGAAAGACCAGGCUCGGAUGGGCUCGUCCAACAUGCCGGGUGGCAGCACUCCUGUCAGCAGUGCGAGCAUGAUGUCAGGGAUUUCUUCAGUGCCAACACCUUCACCCCUUGGACCUCUAGCAGGCUCACCCGUCAUCUCUGCCACCACCACCCUGGGGAUGCCGGUUCCAGCUGCUGCAGGCGCCCAGCAGUAGUGACGGGCUCUGUCUCCUGCUGCCUGAGCUGAGUCAGGUGGGGAAGAGGUUUCCCCCUCCACCUCUCCUCAGGACGCAGCUCGUGCCUGGCAGGGGAAGGGAGGGGAUGAACGCUUUGGAGACACCGUGUCUGAACUGUUGCUUGUGGAUUUAUAGUAGUUCAGUCAUUAUAUACAAAAUUAUUAUAGGCUGAUUUUUCUUUUUUUACUUGAACUUUUCGUAACUCAGGGGAUUCCCUGAAAAUACCUACAGAUGGAA